UUUCCCCCCCACCAACCCCAGUUUCUAUGUUGAAAUCCUAACCCCCAAAGGUGGGGGUUAUUAGAAGGUGGGACUUAGGGAUGUGAUGAAGUUAUGAAGGUGGAAGCCUCAUGAAUGGGAUCAGUGCUUUAUAAAAGGGUCUCCAAAGAGAUCCCUGCCCCUUCCAUCCCAUGAGGAGGACAUUGUGAGAAGGCAGUGGCUAUGAAGCGGGAAGGGGGCCUUCAUCAGAAUAUGAGCGUAUUGGUGCUUUGAUCUUGAAAUUCCCAGUCUGCAGAACUAUGAGAAGUAAAUUUUUGCUGUUUAUAACCCACCCCUGUGUGGCAUGCUGUUAGAGCAGCAUAAAUGCACUAAGACACCCCAGGACCCCAAAAGGUGACCUUAUUUGGAAAUGGGGUCAUUGCUGAUGUGAUUAGUUAAGCUGAGGUUAUUACGGUGAGCCCUAAUUCCAGUAUGACUGGUGCCCUUAUGAAAAGGGGCAGUUUGGGUCAAGAGAUGGACGUGCAUGCAGCAGAGAUGAUAUGAAGACACAGGGAGAAGAUGGCCAUCACAAGCCAAGGAGAGAGCCCUAGGUCCUUCCCUCACAGCUCUCAGGAGGAACCAAGCUAGCAGAUAUCUUGACUUUGAACUUCUAGCCUCCAAAACUGUGAGAAAAUAAAUUUCUUUGGUGUAAACCUCUCAGCUUGUGGUACUUUGCUAUGGCAGCCCAAGCAAACAAAUACAUUCUUUGUGGGUGUAUAUUCCUAGCAAUCCCCAAACCUGAGUGGGUGGAGGGGGGGAUAGACGAGGGAAGCCACUAACUGCUUGACUGACAGAAUGGACCCAAGAACCGAAACUUCUGGACUGGUUCCUUGGUGUCACCUUCAGCAUCGUUCUUUUCCAGGAACGCAUUUUGUCAAGACUUAGGUGCCUGAUGAAAUCCCCGUGCCCUCUCAGUUUUUCCUGCCUUUCCUGCCUUUCCAACCAGCCUAGUUUCCAGAGCUACAUUUAAGACAUAGUACUGAAAGUACAGAAGUCAGCCUUGGACAGUUCUUGUGGCCCUGAGGAAAAUUACCAGUACAGGCUACUCUGUCAUCUUUGAAGAUGUUAGAUGUGGGAAAGUGGCCAAUUUUCUCCCUUUGUUCUGAGGAAGAACUGCAGUUAAUUCGUCAAGCCUGUGUCUUUGGCAGUGCUGGCAAUGAAGUUUUAUAUACUACCGUAAAUGAUGAGAUUUUUGUGCUUGGCACAAACUGCUGUGGCUGUUUGGGGUUAGGUGAUGUCCAGAGUACCAUCGAACCUCGGAGACUGGAGUCUUUAAAUGGCAAAAAAAUAGCCUGCCUCAGCUAUGGGAGUGGCCCCCAUAUUGUCCUUGCAACAACAGAAGGAGAAGUCUUUACCUGGGGUCAUAAUGCUUAUAGCCAGCUGGGCAAUGGGACAACGAAUCAUGGUUUAGUGCCCUGUCAUAUUUCUACUAAUUUGUCAAACAAGCAAGUCACCGAAGUUGCCUGUGGGUCUUACCAUUCUUUGGUGCUAACAUCUGAUGGAGAGAUAUUUGCCUGGGGUUAUAACAACUCCGGGCAGGUAGGCUCUGGAUCAACAGCCAAUCAGCCGAUCCCUCGAAGAGUCACGGGCUGCCUACAGAAUAAAGUAGUUGUGAACAUAGCAUGUGGGCAGAUGUGUUCAAUGGCAGUGGUGAACACUGGGGAGGUCUAUGUCUGGGGUUACAAUGGAAACGGGCAGCUUGGACUUGGCAGUAGCGGCAACCAGCCAACUCCCUGUCGGAUAGCAGCUCUGCAAGGCAUUCGUGUCCAGCGGGUGGCCUGUGGCUAUGCACAUACUUUAGUGUUAACCGAUGAAGGCCAAGUGUAUGCUUGGGGUGCAAAUUCUUAUGGCCAGUUGGGCACUGGCAAUAAAAGUAACCAGUCCUAUCCUGCGCCUGUCGUUGUGGAAAAGGACAGCAACUGCUGCCGUCAGCCAAGCCCGUUCCCCACCCCUGACUUCCCGUGUGCUGCUAGGUGUUCCAGAAUCAUAGAGAUCGCAGCCUGCCAUUCAGCGCAUACGUCGGCGGCCAAGACCCAGGGCGGGCACGUGUACAUGUGGGGCCAGUGCCGGGGCCAGUCGGUGACCCUGCCCCACCUCACCCACUUCUCCUGCACCGACGAUGUGUUUGCCUGCUUUGCCACGCCUGCCGUCUCGUGGCGCCUCCUGUCCGUGGAACCCGACGACCACCUUACAGUGGCAGAGUCGCUCAAGAGGGAGUUUGACAACCCCAACACGGCCGACCUCAAGUUUCUGGUGGAUGGAAAGUACAUUUAUGCACAUAAAGUCCUUCUCAAAAUUAGGUGUGAGCAUUUUCGUUCUUCACUGGAAGACAAUGAGGAUGAUAUCGUAGAAAUGAGUGAAUUUUCGUACCCUGUUUACCGAGCCUUCCUGGAAUACCUGUACACAGACAGCAUCAGCCUUUCGCCUGAGGAGGCAGUAGGGUUGCUAGAUUUGGCUACAUUUUAUAGAGAAAAUCGUUUGAAAAAGCUCUGCCAGCAAACUAUCAAGCAAGGAAUCUGUGAGGAGAAUGCCAUCGCGCUACUUUCGGCUGCUGUGAAGUACGAUGCUCAGGAUUUAGAAGAAUUCUGCUUCAGGUUUUGCAUAAACCAUUUGACUGUAGUAACACAGACUUCAGGCUUUGCAGAAAUGGACCAUGAUCUUCUCAAGAACUUCAUCAGCAAGGCAAGCAGAGUUGGAGCCUUUAAAAAUUGAUCCCCACCUGCAAGAAAGAAUUGUUAGCAUUUCCAUUUUUCCCUGCAAAAGCCAGAGAAUAACUUCUCCUUCAUAGUAUUUAUGAUGAGCUACACUUGACCGAAUACUUACAUUCUAUCAAAAGGCGGCGGUGGUCAGUCUGCGGUGGUCAGCUGAAAUCUGAAGUUGAACGGCAGAAAGCAUUCAGUGCUCUCUGAUCAGCUGUGACUAAGCUAAGGGAAAGAAAGAAAGAAAAAAAAAACGGAAACGUCUUAUUUACCAUUUUCUCUUUUGAGUCACUUAAGUUGGGACACUUUUGGUACAUUGGUCUAACUAUAUGCUAUUCUGGCCAAAUUUCCAUUCUUCCAAAGGCUGAUAUCACAUAGAGAGCUUGACAAGGAAUGCUGUCAUACCACACUGUCAGCACCCCGCACAGCGCCCUGCGUACUAAGUAGGCACUCAGUUAAUUUCUUAUAAAUCUGAAGGAUGCCUGAGAACAGCUUUAUAUGUGGGAUACCGGAUGAAGGAGUAACUUGCACAAAAACAAAUUGAAACAGCAUGUAACAUCUGAGGGUCAUUUUCUUCUGGUAACUGGUUCUGAGUCAUCGUGGCUAACAUCGAACAUUAAUUAGAAUUCACAAACAGCCUUGGCAAUUUAAUUGUCAAAGUCCCAAGGGCUAAUUUUAAUUUUCUUUUUACUCUGAGUCAUUAAUUUCUCAUAUGGGAUUAUUGAAUAUGAAGUGCUGUCUCUGAAUGAAUGUUAUUUCUGGGCUUAUCUGCCUUACAUAAUUGCAUUAUGUCUUUUCCUUUUGUGUUAAGAGAGAUUUGCUUGUGUAAGUAAAAAUGAUUCUGUGUUUCUCUUGUAGUUGACUUUUAUGUCACUAUAAAACAGUUCUCUUAACCUGGCACAAAAAAAUUAUAAAGUGCUAGCUGAAAAGGAACUCGUAUUUCAUGGACAGCAUUAACAAGAAUGAGAUAAAUUUAUACUUUUUAGAUCAAAACAAGUUACCCAACUGCAAGAGAGAAACUGGAACAGGAUGUAGGAAGUAGUGUCAGAUCCCUCUAAUAUGUGUUUCACAAUAUGAUAUGUGUUUCUCAAUAUAUUAUGUAAAGAAAAUUCUUUUGGAAUUAGAAACCUUGUUCUGAUGCUGAACUAUUUGAUAAUAAAGUGCUUAUUUGGAGAUAA